AUGGAGUCCGCGGGAUCCGCGGCACCGCAGCAAGUGGAGCAUGAAGAGCGGAUGGCCCGCCUAGAGAGGCUCUUGAUCAAUAAGAUCUCCAGCUUGAGCUUAACUCGACCCGAGAUGCUCCGUUCAGUCGCUGCUGCUCAACCCUUACAGUUCUUCGGACGCGCCCUACGUGGAGAUGCCAGUCAAGACUUGCAUGGGCUCAGUCGGCCAACGCAAGAAGUGGCGCAGUUUUGGAGUCACAGUUGGCAUGGCAAGACCUGGAGAAAAAUCAUGCUGCUGAUCUACAUGUAUUCAGGGCAUGUGGCCAUGAUCAGCAGUUUGAUCGUUGCCUUGAUCUUCCUUUUCCUCGCCAGUUUUCAGGUGCUGCCCAGUUACGACUUGGAGUAUUUGCGGCAAGGUGGGAACCGCCAUGACGGGCCCUUCAUCCCAUGGUGCGCCGGAAGUGGCUUGGUGACCUUUCUCUUGGUCUUCUUCCUUUGGCGACCUCAAAAGGAAGUGUUUGUGGAUCGCAUUUGCAUCCAUCAGCAUGAGACCAGAUUGAAGACGGAAGGUAUCUUGAAUGUGGGCGGCAUCUUGAAGAAUUCCAAGUCCAUGCUGGUACUCUUUGAUUCCAGCUAUGCUCAACGCCUUUGGUGUAUCUAUGAGUUGGCAGCUUUUCUCAAAGCCCACGAAGGUGAGGAACGUGCCCUCAUUGUGAGGCCGACGGCUCUUGCUCCUGGCUUGUGCAUCUCUUUCUGGACCAUUGUGCUGUUCUCAGUGCUGGUGACAGCUAUCCCUGCGGACAACAAGAUGGUGGCCUGGGGCCUCAUCGUCGUAGCGGUGAUCCUUGUGACCUUUUGGGUCUCUUGGGCAUUACGCAUUUUCUACCGCGAACUGAAGGAGGUUGAGGCCAUCCUCAAAGACUGCAAGGUCUCUCAGUGCCGAUGCUACUGCUGCGAUGUGAACCACGUGCAUCCAACGACUAAAAGUGCCAUGGAGAUCUGCGACCGGGAGAUUCUCCUUCGGGGCAUCACGAUGUGGUUUGGUUCAGUGGAGACCUUCGAGCAGAUGGUGUCCUCAAAGGUCUCUACAGCUUUGAUGGAGCAGUUGGGCAUCAACACUUUUCCAUACAGCUGGAUGCUGGUUCUGGGCUGUCCAUUUUGCUGGAACAACAUGGAUCGGAUUGUUGCCAACGUGUUGGCUGAAGACUACAAGACGGUGCUUGAGCUCUCGUGUCUCACAGUGGUGGGCUGGCUUUGCAUUGCCCCAGUCUUCAUUCGCUGUGCAAUGAUCGCGUGUCGGCGAUUGAGCGACCGUCAAUCGAGCCGUUGCCGUGACCUGCUGGCCACAGCAGCUUGCGGUCUUUCUCCAGUGCCAGCAGUUCUCACCUUUGGCGUGGCGCAAGUGAGUUUGAAUCAGGGCAUACCCUACUACGGUGUCGUGAUCUACAUGGUCCUGUCUCUUAUUGCAACAGCACUUGUGUGGACAUAUCUUCUGAACCCCACCGCGACGAAGGCAAAGCCUGCUCCAUCAGCCCAAGUGCUUGGUCAUGUGAGCAGCGCCGGCGUGCUGGAGGAGUUGCCAGUGCCCACGGAGAGCAGGCCCAUGAGUUUGUAG